AGAUCCUUGUAAAAGUAGAAAGAAAACGUGGUGGGUAUUUCUCACAUGUUUCUGUUUCCUAUAAAAACAGAGAACGCUCUUAUCUCUUUCUUGAAUUCUUGACUCACACAAGAACAAGAAGGUUUGGUUUCUCCUUCAAUGGCUGAUUUGGGUGUCAUCAAUAACAAGAAGCAGAUGAAGAAGAAGAAGAAGAAGCAAGUAGGUCAGGAUCAUGUGUUCCCUUCUUCUUGUUCUUUCUCUUCUGGCAUAAAAUUCCUUCCGAAUGAGUUGUUGGUGGAGAUUUUCGGGAAGGUGGCAUCACAAUCCAUUGUUGAUCUGUGCAAGGUGAAACUGAGUUGCAAGGAAUUUCUCCAGGCGGCGGAGAACGAUCACGUGUAUCAGCGUGCAUCCAUGGAGAACUUUUCCCUCGUGCCACUUCCAUGGUUCACCGAGCAGAAAGAAUGUUGGUUCUUGAAGCGGUGUAGAGAAAGUGGGAAUUUGGAGAUUGCAUAUCGCGAAGGAAUGGUGGAAUAUUUCAGUUCCGGCGACGUUGAUCGGGGUCUUGAGAAAUUGAAGAAGGCUGCAAUGAACGGCCACGAUGAAGGAAAGUAUGUUUAUUCAAUGAUUCUGAUGUGCAGCGAUAAAGAGAGAAAACAGGGACUUGAACUGUUUCUUACGUUGAAUGCGUCCACGUGCAUAAGAAGGUGUAGAAAGAGGGUUAAGUAUUUUGUUAGGAGCAUGUGGCUCAAUAACAUUCCUAUGCUUAAUCAUCAUUCUUUCUUGUGUUCUUCCACCACAUGCCAAACCAGUGGCAAAAUGAUGCUCAAUUAUAAUCUUAAUCUUUCAACAAAAUGGUGGUCUUCCUCCGAUCAAGAUCAAUGGCUUCGUACUAUUUCCUGUCACUACUGCCUUGCAGAUUAUGAACUACUUUUAUUUUCCCAAAUCUUCCAACCACAUUAUUAGGAAAUUGUGAAAAACAUUCCAAUAUAAUUAUAAAUUAUAUAAUUAGGAAAUUGUGUAUUAGUUUCAAAAUUUCAUAGUGCUGAUUAUGUUAA